AUGCUUCUACAGUCUGCCGAGGAUCCUACAGCGGCUCAUGGCCGGGCCCGCGUCGCAAUCCGCAAGCCAGUGCGCGGAGGGCACGCGCUGACGCUGCUGGCGGCCCGGAACCAUUUCGCGGGACAGGGCGAGCCAGCUGGCAGGAACCACCGGGGCCAGGACGGCUCCUCUCGCAAACACACGCCCGGCGCCUGCCUGAGGCCGCCCAACUUCCAGGGGGCGCGCCACUUAUUCGGCCGGCGGCGCAGAUUCUUUCCCCACAUACGUGAAAGCAGGGGCAGCCCCCGCGCGCGCGCCGCGCCAGCAACGCCGGGGCGGGCAAGCGAAAUGGCGGCCGCGCUCCCGAUAUCGCGCGCCGGCUCUCG